GAACCCAGUACCUACCCAGUGCUAACAACCCCGCUGAUCCUUCAGUGUUCAUUAAAUUAUCUCUAUUCAGUGAAGCCUAUUUCUGUCUGUCUGUCUGUCUGUGAGACAUUUUUAUACUGUUGUUGCUAUUAAAUGGGUAAGUGACAAGACUUUAGACAGGGGCUGACUGUACAACUGAACAAGAAAGAGAAUACUAUUUUGAAAUCUGCGUUAAACCACGCGCAUGACUUUAAACAUCGAAACUCUCCGUACUCGUACGCUUCCCUUUUUGGCACAUAUAAAACUGUAACCUCCCCACUGUAAGGAGGAAGCAAACCACCGACUUCACUUCCAACUCCAACUUUUUAUGACGUCCCCCCACAGGACCUGGAACCCAAAAUAUUUGGUCAAGCAAGUACUUUAUUCUUUAAACUUAUACAAACGGACGGAGUGGGUACCAGACGACCGUUUUUCAGGAGCAAUACAACUUUUUUUCACCAGCGUCGAAGGAAAACUAAGACACGAAAACUUGAAGAAAAAAUCCCCUUAAAGGAAUUUACAUAAUGUUUACACGUUUGGAGGUGCUUGUGUUGAGCUGCCUUUUUGUAACGACCGAGCUCAAAAGAGGCAAAAUCUUGCCACCACAAAAUCUGACCCUGCUGUGGAUCAAUGCCUUUGAACCACAGUUGUCCUGGGAGCCAUCCCAACAUCCCGGGGCAGAGUAUGAAGUCUGUACAGAAACGGAGGAGGAGCACGGAAAUGAAUGUAGCGUAAGUGCAAAAAUAAGGAUCCAUGGUAUCAGUCAAUUAAGUAAAUACAUCCUAAUGCAGGGAAGGAUUCUUCGUUGGUCUGUUAAAACGCUUUAUGAAGGCAAUGAGAGCGAGUCUGUGGUUCUCAACAUCAGUUAUCCAGUGUACCGCUUUCUCCCAGAGCUGGUGCAGGACUUGAGUUGCUACAGUUCCUCUGCCAAACAAGGUCACUGCUCUUGGUCCCCAGUGAGUAACUCUACUGAUCUCAGUUUUUUCUAUCGGUUGGUGGAUGAGGCAGGCUCCAGCUCUUCAUCAAAUCUGAAAGAAUGUUCUUUGUAUAAUUACACUGGUGGUGUCAAGACUGGUUGUGAUCUGCAGACAACCACUAAUGAAGCCAUUCAUAUAUUGUUUAAUGGAACAUUGAAUAAUACAGCUGUCUGGAACACCUUCAGAUUUGAAACCAAAGACAAUGUAAAGCCACCUGCCCUUAAAUGGAGCGCUACCAAGGAUGGAAACAGACUAAAUAUAAGAUGGACUCCUCCUGAUGUCUUGAGCAUAGAUUUUUGGUCAUUCGAAAUCAAUUACACUGAGUGUGAUACGAUGAAGAGUUUCAAAAAACAAGAUGUAACAUCACAUCUGGUGAAUCAUUUUCCCCAGUGCCCAUACUGCAUCACCAUGAAAGCUGUCAGUGAAAAAGGCAGCACUCCGUGGAGUGACCUGAAGUGUCAAGGUCCUGAUAAGGAUGCUAAUUUAUUGGUGUAUAUUGCAGUUUUCAUCCCACUGGUGAUUGCAUGUCUGGCAGCUAUGACAUUUAAGUUUUAUCUUAAGAACAAAGAAAAAAUCUUCCCCAAAGUACCAAAACCUAUGAAUCUUCUCAGUGACAUUUCUGAAAACAAUAAUAAGAUUGCCAUUCCCCACUUCUCCAUCCCAACAGAGGAAGAGGAGAACUGUAAAGUCACUCUAGUUACAGAAACUGAAAUCUGCAAACUGAACUGUUGACACUGCAAAUACCAGAAAUCUCUUCCAUUGAAUGUGAAACCUUAUUUGCAAUCACUCUACAUUGUGUACAGACUAAUAACUCUGACAUCUAACUUUACAUGACACUUGGCAUUGUAUGAAUAGACCUUCAAAAGAGAAACAGAGAGAACCCCAAAAAUUCUGCCUGAUGUUAUAUAAUUUGGUUUGUAUUUCUUAUCUUUCCAACAGAUUUUCAUAUAAUGCACGAGGGAAACAUGGUAAAGGACAGUUGACUCUGGCUGCUGCUCUUCCAUAGUUAAUAUUUUCUGUAACACAGCAACCCAAAUUCACAACUCUCACACAUAUUAACACAUAUUUUCAAGGAAUUUCAGAUUGUUGCUGUUCUCUGAUAUUGACCAUGGUAUAGGAUUUAGGCGAAAUAUAAAAUAAGACACCAAAGACAUAGUAUGAAGUGAAAUACCUUGUAUAAUGCUUUCUUACACAAGCACACAGCCUCCUCUCCUAUUUUUACUAGCAAUACUUAUUUGUAUACAAACCCAAUAGUCCAAUUAAAUCCAGUAGCAAUAACUGCUUACAUGUCCUCUCUAUACUAUGAGGGUGCUCCAGUUCAUAGUAUUCUCAAAUUGACAAAAAAAAGUCUUAACAUCUGUUUAAUGCAUUGUACUCCAGUUUUUACUUGUAUUCUCACUUGUGCGAGACUCCAACACAUUUUUCACAUUUCUAUUGAGUAUUAACAGUGAGCUACUUACUGGAAGGAAAUUAAGGUCAUACCUGAUCUCUUACUUCUGUUACUCUCUUAAUUUAUUUAAUGAUAUCAAUUACUGUUUGUCAUAAAAAGAACAAGUUAUUUAUAUUUUCCCCUCAGCACUAUGUUUGGCUACUCUCUCUCUCUCUCUCUCUCUA